AUGGCUGGUUAUAGUGCAUACCAAUUGGAUCCCGGUCCACUUGAACCAUCAGUAUUAACUCAACAACUUACCCAUAGGUCACAGGAUAUAUGGGAUGGAAAUGUUAAUAUGAUUUUAAAUAUGAGGAGGUGUGAUGGAAAUUUUUGGGACCUCGUAAAGAAAUAUCCUAUUCAUCCACGAGUCUUAGAAGUAAUUGAAUUAUCAGGAUUAUAUGGUGUUUAUAGAUCAAAUCGACCUAGUAUUGAUCGUAGCUUAAUCACUUCACUAGUAGAGAGAUGGCGUCCUGAGACUCAUACGUUUCACUUUAGGACGGGUGAGGCGACAAUCACCUUGCAAGAUGUAGAAGUGUUGUAUGGCUUACCUGUGAAUGGUGAUCCAGUACUUGGUGAUGAGUCGAUAAGGACCAUAGGGGAUUGGCAAAAUAUUUGUCAAAGAUUGUUAGGUUUUAUUCCACGUCCUCAAGACUUCAACCGUAGUAGCCUCAAAGUAACUGCACUUAAUGCACAUAUGCUCGAGCAACUACAGUUACCUGACUUGGCAACACAAGAUAUGAUCAAUCAAAUGGCUAGAUGUUAUAUGUUUUGGAUGAUUGCUGGUAUGAUGAUGGCAGAUACAUCUGGCAACUAUUUAAAGCUUAUGUUCCUUCAUAUGCUCGAGGAUCUCAAUGUAGUUAGCUCUUAUAGUUGGGGUAGUGCAACCUUAGCGUGCUUGUAUCGCUUUCUCUGUAAGGCCUCACAGAGUAACCAAAACGAGAUAGCUGGAUUUCUACCACUACUCUAG